AAUAAAGAAAGCUGCGUGCAGCCACAUACUGCCUUGAGAUUAUACACAACAAACACUUCAGUCAGCAUUGUUUACUGUUUGUUUGAAUUAUUACACGUAUAUGUUUGAGUUCAAUAAGUGACUGGAACACAUGAGAAAAGCAGAACAAUGUGUAUUGUAAGUGUAACUCGUGAGUGAAACGGCUGCCUCCCAUCGUUUUGCUGUUUUGGUUUGCUUGUGAGACAUAAUCAGAGAGAAAUUACUCAUUAUUUGGCAGUGUGUAUCUAGCCCGUGUGUUUUCAAUGGUGCAAGUUUUUAACUUUUAUUUUGACAGGCAGUCGACACAUGCUGCGUUUUGUGUUCCGGAUUGUUGCAGCAAAUUCUUUUAACAGUGUUCAGAAAACAUCGCGUCUCAUGUGACUUUAGUCAUUUACACCUGGCUGUUGCUAGAAACGUUUACAUUUAAAGUAUCUUAUGAAAAGAAAAAGGCAAACUAUUUAUUAGACGUGACCAAUCAGAUGCCAAAACCAGGCCGCUAACCCCCGCCCAAGCACGACGGUUGCUAAGAUACUUGCUGAGUCAGCAGCGCCGGUGACGUCACUCUUGUCACUUUCACUUUUGAUUUUCUAACGAUAAGAAUACACGCGAUUCUCCGCGGAGCUGUCCACAUUAACGUGUUUGAUCGGCCCGUCAUGGCGACAUCUGGAGGAGACAGCAGCAUCCUGGAGGAGGAGCUGACGUGUCCCGUGUGUUUGGACCUUUACCGUGACCCCCACCUGCUGCCCUGUGGCCAUAACUUCUGUCUUCCUUGCCUGCGCAGACUCAAAAGCCGAUCGGACCACGGCCGGUUGAGAUGUCCCGAGUGCAGGCAGAGUCACCGCAGCUCCGCCAGCUGGCAGAAAAACUUCAAACUGGCGAACAUCGCCGACGGCUUCCGCCGGCAUGCCCAAUCAGACCGCCCUAGCCGGAGCGGCCCGCCUCACGCACACGCCGAGGUGCGCUGCGACUACUGCACAACAGAGGGUGGUGAGAAGGAUCCCAAAGCUGUUAAAACCUGCCUAAAAUGUGAAGUGUCUAUGUGCCCGAAGCACGUUCAGCCUCACCUGGAGCUCCCAGCGUUUCGAGAGCAUCCUUUGGUGGAGCCGUUGAAAGAUAUGAGAAAACGAAAGUGUGUGGAGCAUGAUGAGAUGUUCAAGUACUACUGCGUGGACGAGCGGCUCUUCUUGUGCAAUGCCUGCACCAUAGAGGGAACUCACAAUGGACAUUCAAUCAAAACGUUAAAAAAUGCCAUGAAAGAUCUCAAGGUUUGUGUUGACAUUCAGAUGCACAAGGUGAACAGAAAGAUCGUAAGGGUGGAAAAAACCCGUCAGGAACAAAAAGAGAUUGAGCGCCAAAACAAGGCCUAUCUGGAUGAUACAGAGGAUCAUCUAGGAGCUUUCCGAGAGACCUCCAUUGCACAGUUGGAUGCGUUUCUGUCUUCCAUGCGUGAUUGCGUUCACACACAUGAAGUUGAGCAGGGAUCUGGAGUACAACAGAACCUGAGCCGAAUCGCUCAAGAUCAGACUCGCCUGCAGGGGGUUCACUCGGGGCUCGACAGACUUCUACAGGAGAACGAUCCUUUUCAGUUCAUUAAGGAAUAUAAUUCAUCUGAGAAAAGGUACCGGAGGCUGUUAAGAAAACCUCUGUUCUUCCCUGAUGAGCCCACAGUCGACACGGAGCCGCUCUAUGAGAUCGUUGAAGGGAAAAUGACGGAGUUUAUCGCUGAAUUACGUCUGCAGGCCUCCACUCUCAUCAGUACAAUCUGUCAUUUUGAGGGAGCAGAUGGUGUGGAUGAGGAUGAGGAAGAAAGCUUUGAGGAUGAUUACAAUGACAGCGGCAGUGAGGUAGAUGACGAAGAGGAGAUGAGGAGUGAGGAAGAGGAAAAUCUCAGCACAGGAGCAGAGACUGCAGAUGAAGAGUACACACCCGAGGAAGAUGAUGAUGAUGAUGAGGUGGAGGAGGAAGAUGAUGAUAAUGAUGAAGACGAGAACUAACAGAUAAUCUGCACUGCUGCCGUCACACUGGCGAGUUGCCAAAGCCCUCAGACCCGUGUGUGUUUAAAGUCAGUAUUCAGUCUUGUAUCGUUAAGACUUUUUGGUGAAAAGGUUUGGUUUUUUGUUGAUAUCUUAGCACAAAAUUAAAUUAAGAAUAUUUUUCACUUUUACAUUAAAUAUCAUCUGUCUAAUAAUUAAGGUGUUAAACAGGAGAUACUUUGAAAAGUACAUUUGGAUCCAGUCAGAGAUUGUAAUGUCUUUCUAACAAUAUUAUUUAUUUGAGAAAAAAACAAGAGCUCUUUUCAGGUUUGUUUUACUAGCUCAGGGUAGAAAUGUUAACACGGUCGUCACUUUGGGGUGGACUUCAGUUGCACUUUUUUCUUUUACUUUUGUCAAGAUGCAAAAAUGUAUAUAAUAAACAACUAAUGAUUGUAUUGCCAGAAAGUGAUGUGUUGAAAAAAUAAAGUAUGCAUCAUUUACAGAACAAUAGUGUUUGGAUAAAACAGGUUUAAAUUUUGGGAAAAAAAUAAGUUAAAUUAAAAAAUCUGAAGGUAUAUCAUUAUAGACCAAGGUCUUGACUGUUCACUUACUGGUGCAACCAACCCAACCACCCCCCCCCCUGUUUGAAUUUUUUUUUUUCAUAAAAUAGGCGUUUUUUCCAGUUACUACUCAUACAACAUUUACUUUAAGCCUAAAUAGAAAAAGUAAUGAUUUUUUUAUUUAAUAAACAUACUUUGUAUUAAUAGAGACUAUUAAUUUAAUAACUCAACAGCACUGAAGAAACAUUGUAAGCAUAUUCAUUUAAAACAAAUAAAACUCCGUCUGACGGUGGUGACACUAAUCUGACGGUGGUGACAUUGGCCUCAUUAUUCCAUAAUGUAUACCACUCAAGUCAAUGGCUUCUUGCUUAAACUUUAUAUAAAUAUUUGGUCCAAAAAAAUAACAAUCCUGAGCACUGUGAUGAACAAAUAUCAAAUCAUAACUUCCUAAAAUACAGAAAACCUGAUGGUGGUGCCAAAAACCUACUCUUUGACAUGAAAUAAGUUGUUCACAUUAGCCAUCUUGUUUCCCCUCUGUUGUUAGCUACUUCAGACCUCUUCUUAAAAAUGAUAUAUUUAUUUCAUAAUCUAAUCUCAUAUUUUUUUACAAAGAUGACGGUGUUGACAUGUUAUGGUUGUCACAGUAGCAGUGUCCAAAAAUAUGAAGAAGUUUACGAGAAAAUAGCAAACAUACAGGAGCUUGAGUGAUCUCGAAGCAUGCAGUAGAGCCGAAGGUUUAAAAAAUGGGGUCCUCAGGAAUGCAGUUGACCCUGUAGUUGUCUGAUUUUAUUGCUUUUUAUAAAUAUCUGACGGUGGUGACGAAUAUGUGGGACACAUUUUGAGCAAUCACAAACUAAUAGUAAAUAUUGUUCAAAACUCACUGUUUGUAGUUUUUAAUACAUAUUACAAUGUACCAUUUCAUGUG